CGGUCGCCUGUGAUUCCCGACGGAUAUGAAGACCCUGGUCAUCGCUGUUGCCUUCGUGGCGUAUGUCGCUGUCAGUGUCAGCGGUGAUCCUGAAGCUGAUGCUGAGCCCAGCCGCUAUGGAGGUGGCUUCGGAGGCCAUGGGCUCGUGUCCUACAGGCCCGUGUACAGCGGCUACGGAUACAGACGCUGGAAGAGGAGUGCUGAGGCUGAGCCUGUAGCUGAGGCUGAGGCUGAGCCCGAAGCUGAUCCUUCCCGCUUCGGAUACGGGUAUGGCGGCUAUGGCCACGUGUCCUACAGGCCCGUGUACAGCAGCUAUGGUUACGGACGCUGGAAGAGGAGUGCUGAGGCUGAGCCUGUAGCUGAAGCUGAGGCUGAACCUGAAGCUGAUCCUUCACGCUUCGGUUAUGGGUAUGGCAGCUAUGGACACGUGUCCUUCAGGCCCGUGUACAGCAGCUAUGGUUAUGGACGCUGGAAGAGGAGUGCUGAGGCUGAACCUGUAGCUGAGGCUGAGCCCAAACUGAGGCUGACAAUAAGCAGAGGUUGA